ACUUUUGCAUUUCAUUUCAUGACUUUAAAACCACAUGUGCUAUGGAUUUGUUAUUGUUUAGUCGGUGCGGAAGCUAUUGCAUAUUAUAUUCUUUGCAUGGUAGACAAACUGUUUAGUGUUCACAUAAUAUACUUGUAAUUUGACGUGAUGAGCUUCUGUACAUUGAAUGAUCGUAAGUCCCAAUCGUAAUAUUAUAACCUAUAAAUUUGACAAGCUGCAGUGAAGUCCAACGUUCAAACGGGUUGUCAUUUCUGUACACUUCGCGACGAAACUCAAGGUUACUUUUCCGUGUAAAAUAUCUGCUAGUAAAUCACGAUGAUGAAAUGAGUUUCUUCAGAAUGCAAUUGUUGACUUCGUUCUGUAAUCCAGGACUAUGAGUUCCUAGACUUAUCUGAUGUGAAGGACGCGGAUUUAAACACCCUGCAGUGCGCCCUGUACGACCGCAUACCCGACAUCUCGGCCACUGCUCUCGCCGGUGGUUGGAACGAAUCUACUAUAGGAUUUUGAUGGCAGCAGAUCCGUCUUCCUGUUCGUCGAGCACGGCGGGCGCCCCGACCGUGUCGAGCAGCGUGGACAGUCUGUCGGGCGGCGAGUGCGACAUGGCGCCCCACUCGCCGGCGCGCGCCCCGCCGCAGCACGCGCCGCCGCCGUACGCGCAGCCGCCGCCCGCCUACCCGCCGCCGCACCACCACCAGUGGCCCGUGGCGCCGCCCAACGUCUACGUCAGCCAGGUCACGGCCAACGUCAACGUGCACGGCUACAUGGGCCAGUAUUACCAGCCGCAGCCGCAGUACCCGCCGGCGCCCGAGCGCGCGGCCCGCGCCCCGCGCCGCGACCGCCGCGGCAAGCGCCCGCCGUCCCCGCCGCCGCAGCCGCCGCCUUACUACCUCCAGUACCCGCAGUACUACCCCGCCGCGCAGGCGCAGGGCGCGCCGCUCUACCACCUGCCCGUGUACCAGCCCCUCGUCUACGGACCCUAUGCGUACCCGCCCUAUUACCCUGAGUACCCCAUGCCCGUCGAAGGUGAAGCCGACAAGGGUCCCGAGGAAUACCCUCAAGAGGUUGUUAUGGAGCAAGAGGCCGUAGACGCUUACUACGCGAGUGCCCACUACGCUGCACCGCCGUACGGUCCGCCCGUAGAGGGUGGCGUGGAGUAUAUGCCACCGAUGUACCUUCCUCCUCCGCCCCACCCGCCGCCAGUACCCAUGCAGCAGCAGCAACAACCACCUCCACAGACCACGCCCCAUCAGUUUAACGUGCACGCUAAAAAUUUCGUGCAGGGUCAAAAUCAAAACAAAAAUUAUACACAACAAGAUAAGAGUCAGGAACAGAAGCCCAUGCCUGCACCACCUACAGCAUCAGCCACGGCUGCAUCAGUAGAAUCCUUACCUCUAAAAGACCUUAAAAUCGGCAAAGGUCCCGGCAGUCCUAAACAAUCGGAUCGUGUCAACGAUUCGGGUCAAGCCAAGCUGUCACCAGUCGAAAAAGUUACAACAGCGCCAAAGACUGAAACCACGAAGUCAUGGAAUGCUGCGGAAUCUAAAUCUGAACAGCCGAUUGCAGCCCAAUCACCAGCAAACAAAUCUUUCCCUCCAUCAGCACCACCCACUAAUCAAAUGCCUACAAAUAAGAUUCCACCCGCAGUACCGAAGCCCAGCAAGGGGCCCGCUGCUCCGUUUUCGGGUGGCAAGCAGCCUGCUAAACCUGUGGUGCCGCAGACAGUGGUACCGGUGCAACAAGCCGCUUCCACUCCGAAAGCACCUUUCGGUAGCCGACAGAAGCGUGAUGGACCUGCUAAUCGCUCUCCGUCUAACGACAACAAUGAAAGUUCUGAUCGGAACGCGCCCACUAACGAUCACGCCAAACGUGAACCUCCAUUGCCUCCCAGUAAGGCACCGAUGCCGAUCUCUAUCACGUUGCAUUCUGCCGGGCCACCGCUCAUCGUCAGCAACAAGGCUCCGUUCGGUCACUCGCGCAAAGGUGGCGCCGCACCUGACCCCCCUCCGGCCCCCGCGCCCCCGCCGCCCGCGCCCACCGCGUCCGACUUCCCACCGCCCCCCACCCCGCGCAACCAGCCCGCGCCGCCGCCCGCGCUGCCGCCGGCGCCGCAGCCCGCGCCCGGCAAGUCGUGGGCGAGCUUGUUCUCCAACAAGUCCAGCGGCGCUCCAGCCCCCGCGCCCGCCGCUCUGCCAGCGCCCGAGGACCCGCCCAGCCCUACGACGGCAACGCCUCCCAUCGCUACGAAUGUUCAAAAGCCGGUAGCGAAGGUGCCACCCUUCGACGCAUCACCAUUGCAGGCGACAGCUACUGACAAGAGCUCCCCGACCCCUCGUCCUGCCGGGCCGCCCGCAGUGUCGUACUCGGAGAAGACGUCGGUGAACGCCACGGCAGGCGCGGCGCGUGCGGCCGCGGCCCCGGAGCCCCGCGAGCAGCGCGAGCCCCGGGAGCCCCGUGACUCUCGUGAGCUACGGGAACCCCGCGAGGCCCCCGCGGCUAAGGAGCCGAGCCCCACUCAACCACAACAGCCAUCGCCCUUCAGUGAUGACCCUAACUCUUACAGGAUGGGAGAAUUCCUGUCUAAAUACCAGCUAGACAACCGGCCAGUAUCCCUGUUGCCCCGAGGUCUCACCAACCGUUCCAACUACUGCUACGUAAAUGCGAUCCUGCAAGCACUGAUUGCCUGUCCGCCGUUCUACAAUAUGCUGAAGGCGCUGCCCUACCAGACUCGCCGCGGAAAGUCCAGCACACCUGUCAUCGACUCCUUAGUGGAGUUGUGCUAUGAGUUCAGUCCGCUGGCGCCGGGUAGUACGCGCGGCGGUCGGGGCGCAGGUUCGGGCUCCGCCCCUGCCGUGCCGGCCGGGCCCCCGCUGGAGGGCGGCGCCGGACAGCGGGUGCUGCGGGCGCUGCGCCCCUUCCCCGGCUCACAGGAGGGCAGGCAAGAAGAUGCCGAAGAGUUCCUAGGUUGCUUGCUAAAUUCACUCAAUGAUGAAAUGCUUGAGCUGAUAAAGCUCGUAGAGCCAGAAGAGCCGCGGGCCGCCGGCGCCGGGCCCCCGGGCCCCGCGGCGGGCGGCGAGGCGGACGACGACGAGUGGAAGGUGAUGGGCCCACGCAACCGUGGCGCCGUGGAGCGGCGCUGGGCGGCGCGCCGCACGCCCGUGGCCGACAUCUUCCGCGGCCGGACCCGGCUCCGUCUGCACCGCGCCGCGCACCAUGACGUCACCGACGCCGUGCAGCCUUUCUUCACCCUCCAACUCGACAUCGAGCGUGCAAACAGCGUGAAAGAUGCCUUGGAACUAUUAGCUGGCAAGGACACGCUGGAAGGUGUGAGUGAUGCCUGGCAACAAUUGUCUCUGGAACAACUCCCUGUGGUCCUUCUCCUGCACCUCAAGUGUUUCCAACUGGAUGCAGAUGGCCACACAGCCAAGAUUGUCAAGAACAUUGACUUCCCUAUUGAUUUGAAAAUUGAUCCAAAAAUAAUGUCUUCUAAGUUAAAGUAUACAUCGAAGCAACGAAUCUACAAGUUGUUUGCUGUCGUGUACCACGAGGGCGUGGAGGCGGUGAAAGGACAUUACCUCACCGACACAUUCCACGGACAAGUGGGAUGGAUCAGGUACGACGACUCCACGGUGACGCAGGUGAGCGACGCGGCCGUGCUGAAGCCCAAGCCGCCGCGCAUGCCCUACCUGCUCAUGUACCGGCGCCACGACACGCUGCCCGCGCGGCCCGCCGCCGCCGCGCCCGCGCAGUGAGAGCGGGGCGCGCCCCGCCGCGCGCUCAGCCUGCACUUCCUGGUCAGCGCCGUGCCCUGCGCGCGCGCCGCGGCCGCCGGGGGCGCCUGCGUGGCCGCCGCGCCCCCGCUGCGCCGCGUACUAGUGCGGCGCGCGGGGGCGCGCCAUCUGCAGGCGCUGAUCGGCCUGCUGCCGGCGCCCGCGGGGGGCGCGUGGCCCGGCCUCGGGGGCGCCGGGGGCGCGGCGCUGCACGUGUACCUGUGUCCCGUGCACUUCUCCCGGUGGAUGCUGGCCGCCUGCCGCGUUCCCGGCGUUUGACUAGAUCUGACUAAUCAUUUUUGUCGUUAAAAGUACAAAAUCGUGGUUUCGUCGACGACUCUGGCCCGGUAGCGGCGUCGUAAUAUUAGUCGAGCCUCCGAACCUGCAAUUGAACGAUUGUAUAAUAAUUUAAAAUAGAUUAUGAGCAUGAUUCGUGUAAAUAGUAUUUCGUGCGUCCGGUGAGAGGAGGCCGGUGACCCGGUGCCGGCACGUCUGCAGAAGUAUUUCUGGAUUCCGACCGACACUAUUUGUGCGAUACGAGAACGCCUCCUCUUUUCGUAGUGUCUAUGUAUUUGUAAUUUUUCUCUUCGACAAUAUGGAAUUGUGGUGUUUACAAAUUAUAAAAAAUGUAAAAAAACAUUGUAGGAUAACUAAAAUUCAUGAUACAUAUUAUUUCUAUUGAAUAUGGGGAUAAUAGAUACUAAAUUGAUAUAAUCAGCUGUUAGAUAGUACAAAGCCAUUUAUAGAUGUGAUAUUAGUCACAAGUAUAUCAGUAUGCCUAAUAUAAAUAUGUCGAUAUUUCUGUUGGUAUACAGUGGUAUAUUGCGACUGGCGAAAUGUACACGUAGAAACAAUAUGUACCGUGGAUUGUGUAAGUUAGUGUAGCAGUAAGCAAUAAAGUAAGGGUCGUGGAGUAUUAACGCUGGCAAUGUUAAUGGUAUCGGUGCUUUGACGGACUGACUACGGCAGUGAGUGAUAUGUGCCCUAUGAUUCUUGUGAUAAUGGAGUGCUUGAGGACGAUUACAGCAGAUUGUUAGUUGUAACUAUUGUAUAGAUAUUGUUAUAACAAUAUAAGUGUUAAUUAUAAAUAGAAUAUAUUAUUAUCUCGCCGUUGGUAUGUUGUGGGGAAUGUCUGUUUUUAAUAUUAUUCAAUUUCAUUGAGGUCUAUGUUUAAUCUUGAAAUUUUUGAAAUAAAAUAUGUUUGGUGGUCACUGCACACGCGUGGCUAAUAGUAUUACCCCCUGCGUCGACAGUGCCACACUAGUUUUGCCAUCAAACUAGCUGAUUAUUGUAUUAUUAUUUAAUCAACACAAACAUAGAGUGUGAGCAGACAGUGUGUGAGGUAGCACAAGUGCUACGAUUACGUUUGUGUCCACUAGUGUUAAAUAUCUGAAUUGAUUAUUGUAUAUGAAUGGAACUGCUUAGAGUUGACUAGCUAGUUUGAUAUUACAAUUUUAUAAAUAGCUAUGCUAUCCGUUUAUUAUUGUAAAUUAAUAAUGAACCAUUUUGAUCUCACUCAUAUUGUUGUUGUUUGGGAAUUAUUACGAGUUGGAAUGUAAAUUUCCUUAAAGUGAUGGAGGCAAUACAUCAUGCCUUAUUAGGUAUUUGAAAGCUAAUAUUACGAAAUUGACCAAAAAGUAUGGAUAUUAUUUGAAAUUGCUGCUAUUCUAGCUUUUCUACUUUAGUGUUAUGAGAAUCAUAAUAAAGAAGCCAACACUAUUUAGGCGUUAAAACGAUAUCUUAUAAUGCACUUCUGUUUUGUCCAAAUUAUAAUGAAGGAGUAUUUAAUCUUAUAAUUAGUCAAUUUAACUAUUACUAUGAAUAGAACGAAAUAGGUUUAGUUUUGUAUGAUAGUUUCUAAAACAGAGUUAUAUACUAACUUGCUAAGCUUUUUAUAUGUAUAACUUGGUUGUUGUUAAUUCGUUUAUUUUGGAUUGUGGGUAGGUAUUAGUGUAGUUAGCGGUUACUGAGAAGGAUAAUAAUAGCUCACGUGAUAGCGAGCGUCGGUGUAUCGUCGCACAGACAGCAUUGUGUGCGGGCCGGUCGUGGGAACCAAGCAACUCACUGAACAACUGCUAUUAUUUUAACAACUGCCACAAGUUUAAUAAAUACAUUAGUUCCUAUAAAUUUAUCCAAAACAUAGGAACUUUGACUGACAUUAUAACAAUUAAUAAAUUGAAUUCAAAUUACCCAGUAACAAUUGAACAUUACAAGUGGUACAAGUAAUAAUAAAUUUGACAUUAUAUAAUUUUAUGUAACAGAAAUAACUAGAAGUAAACAAUCACUUCUUUAAAAAAUGUGUGACAAAUUAUUUUUGUUCCAAUACAGUAUCUGUAAUAGAUAUCGAAGUUUGGCAGUUAACAGUGAACAUUUAUUAACAUGUUCAUUGAGCUGUUUGCACGACCGACCUCAGUCAUUACUUAUUAGAAAAACGUCACGAAUUUUAAAAUGAUAUUGAUGCAGCUGCUUGCAAUUGUACAUAAACUAUAACAUGAAAUGUUCCAUAAGAAUAAUACGAAUUUAUUCAUCUAUUUUCUAAUAUAAUUAUGAAAUGGCCACCUAGACGAGCCGCGUUAGGCCGCUGGCCUACGAACCCACAGCAUUUUUUUACUUGCACAAUUUAAUUUACUGACUAUUAGUUUUUAUAAAUCUGUUCCUCUCGUUUUAGCGAUAUUUAUUUAUCAAGUGUGAAGUAUUGCUGAUUUUACUGCUUGUUAUUGUGUUUGUAUGCUUCAGUUCCGUAGGUUUUGUUCAGUGAGGUGCGCAAACAAUGUUGACACAGAACAUGAACACUGGAAAGUUUACGUUGAUCGCGUCUUUGUAAAGAGUUCCUUUAUUGCAUUAGUUAAGCUCCUAGCGGGUUGAUACUUGUAACAUACUGAGUGGUUUAUCAAGUGAUUAAUGUAGACAUAUGAUAGAUAGGCCUUAACGUAAAACGGUACGUACUAGCGAUGUCCUGUGGAGUAUGUGGUGGAAUCUUUAUGCGUAAGACUGAGCGCAGGGUCCCCGAAUGUCUGUUAUUUAUGUUUUUUUAUUUUAUUUUGAUGUGAACACAAGCACACAUAGCUAGUAAGAUUUUAUAGUAACAAAACGCUGCCUUUUUAGUUAAGUGUCUGUGUUGCGUAUUUAUUGAAAUAUAUAACUAACUUAAAUCUAAAUGGAGUAAAAACUCAUAUGGUCGCAUCUUGAUUGAGCACAUAACCUAUCCAGGUUAAUUGCAUAAACAAUGAACAUGUUAGUACACUAAGAAUAGCGAGGCACGAUCAUGACGUACGUAGUGUAUGCGUAGCUAGCGGCGAGUCUAGUUACCGUUGUCUAGUUACUGGAGCACGUAGUUGGCUGUGACUAGUUGUUGGGUAGUGUGCCAAACACCAGUAGCCGACAUGUUUGACUUGUUUAUGUGAAACUUUAUAUCAGUCACCCAAAUCGCAAACUAUGUACAUCAUUACUACGGUAUACUAAUCAGUAUAGAUGAUAGAUGUAAAAUUAUUGCAUUGUGUAUAUUAGUUCCAAGUUUAAUCAAUUUGUAGAUGUUCCUGAUAAUAAUACAUAGUUCAUAAAUAUCAGAUCAAAAUAGUUGUGAGGGAUAUCGAAUUACUUUAUGACUAGUUUAAUUUAACAGCAGAGAGCAGCUUAUGUAAUAUAUUUUCGUUUUAAAACGAAAAUAGAAAAAAAUAUAAUAAAAAAUUAAAUAGCAACUAUGAAUAUUAGUGAACUGGAUUGAUAUGUACGAUAAAUGACGAUUACUAGAUUAUUUCAUCUAGAUAUUUGUGGUAAUAUAAAAUUUAAUAUUUUCUUAUAAAUUGUAAGAAUCUGUGUACAGUUUCCUCAGUAAUAAAUUGCUUCAAUAAAAAUAAUUACAGAGCUUAUUCUCGAUGUGGAAUAGUUUAGCGUCUUAUUACACAUGUUACAGUAUGAAUGUUAUGUAUAAUGAUCCGCUUGCUCUCUGUUCCUAUAGCACAAAUAUUUGGGAAUUGUCACCUUAUUGUAUCGAUAGUAUUUCGCGUUCUCAUCCAUAUGUAUGACCGUGCUAUUGUACAGAACAAACUAAUAUAAUUACGAAUUAUUUUUCAAGCAAAACCAAGUGAUAAUUGAAUAAAUGUCUAUUGUAAUCACAAAACUGUUUCAUUGAGAGCGCGAAUACUUUCCUAUUUGCAAAUAACAAGGCCUAGAAUUUACUAAGAUUAUAUCCUGUCACAUGUAUGCCGUCGUGAAUCCACUUAAUAUCAAAUUAUUGUAAAAUAGAUUAGGGUUAUAAUAGAUAGCAUUGGUGUAACAAGACUGGCAGGCCGGUUCAUAAUAUUUGCUUAGAAUAAAGAGUAUACUUCCAUGCAUGCAUUUGACGUCACACACACCAGUUGUUCCUGUUUUCCAAACUUUAAUUAUCUCAUAAAUAAGCUUAGGUGUUCUGUUUGUGCUAGUUCGGCCUGCCUCGCAUUAAAAAAAAGUGAUGGUAAUAUCGAGUAUUUGAUGUCCAUGUCUCUUGUGAUUCUAAAUUGUAUGAAAGCCAAAUAUUACGCCAUCGUAUAUAUUGUGAACAAGUGUUAUUUUGUUUCCAAUCUAGUCCCCAUCAGAUGUAUCUUUUGGUGCAAUUCAUAUAUUUAUCGAAUAUUAAUAACCUCGUUACCGAUGCUGUAAAUAAUAUAUCUUUGAACACAAGGCAAUAGUCUAAUUAAACGAAUAUACUUUACAAUGAACACUUUGGCGGUCUAUCUACUUAGAUGUAAACUUUAAAAAAAGAUGUAUGUAGUGAUGCUUAUCAUUAUUAUUUUUAUAUGAGAAGUUCAUUAUUUAAGUUACGUUUAAUUUUAGAAGUAAGAUCCAAGGCUGUAUUAAUUAGAAGGAGUGUUUUUCCCAAUCAAGCGAAGCUGAUUUAACAUUUCAUUAUCAAACUGAAUUAAUUAUUGUGUAAAAAUACUCCUGCUGGUCAUAAUAGAUACUGUUCACUUUAAAAAAGACAAAAAAAUGCCAACAUUUAAACAUCGUACAAUAUUUAUUAUGAUCAGCUUUCUAAGUUGUUAUGUGGAUAUGUGUGUAUGACUAAUUAUAAAAUAAUCCUUUAUUUUGGUAACAAAUUGGUGUUAUGAAAAAUUUUGUGAAUAAAAUAAGAUGUCAUUCUGAUCAAAA